ACCAAAAUCUGAUCAAAUUUCCCCAAUUUAUAUUGAGCAGCACAGUCGCUUCGCCGCCACAAUUCCGCCGCGAUGAAGAAUUUCAGCUACGACGAUUUUGAACUGAGAGAGAUUCAAAAGCUCGAAGGUCACACCGGUAAGGUUUUGGGCAUAGCUUGGAAGGUGGAUACCGGAGUAUGGGGUUUUCUGGCAGUAAUGGCAUCCUGGAGUGAUGAUAAAACCGUACGGAUCUGGGAAGAGAACUUAUCCGGCUUAUUUGUGUGUAAGGCUGUUUUGGAGGCAUCAUCUACUGUUAGAUCGUGUGCCUGGUCACUGGAAUACAAUUUGUUGGCAGCAGGUUGCUCUGAUGCCACCACUGUCAUUUGGAAAAAUGUCGGUGAUCAUGCCUAUGAGCGUAUCUACACUUUAAAGGGUCAUGAGAAUGAAGUGAGAAGUGUUUCCUGGGAUAUGGUCGGGCUACUGCUUGCGACAUGUGGAGGUGAUAAGUCAAUUUGGAUAUGGGAAGCUUUGCCUGGAAAUGAGUUUGAUUGUGCUUCAGUGUUACAAGGAAACACAGAAGAUGUUAAGAUAGUUCAAUGGGAUGAUAAUAAUGCUUUAUUCUCCGUUAGUAGUGAUAACACCAUUAAGGUUUGGAAAGAGACAAGUUAUAACAGUGGUGAUUGGCGUUGUAUUAAAACUUUGGGUGAGUCUGACAGAGAACAUACUUCUGCUGUGCUGUCUCUCUCUUUCAGUAAAGAUAGAAGAAGAAUGGUAUCUUGCAGUGAUGGCCUUACCAUCAAGAUAUAUUGUGAUCGUGAUUAUACAGAACUUUGGACUACAAUGGGUAUAUGUUGCUGUAAUUACUAUGUUUUCCAAUUCCUGAUUUGCUACCAUCUCCUUUUUGUGCUUGUUAGGUCACAUAUUUGCACUCUAUCUGGAUAUCAUGAUACGACAAUUUUCGCAGUUGACUGGUUGAGGGAAUUACUCCGUUGGGUACCUGAGGAGGAAGACCAGGACCCAGAAAUAUAUGCUAGUGCAGGAGCUGAUGACGCUAUACAUAUAUUUAUCGAGGACAAGGACAAUGAGGUUGAUGGACUUUCAUUUAAACAACUUUUGAAGAAGGAGAAGGCUCAUGAAACGAACAUAAAUUCUGUAAAAUGGCACUCUGGGGAUAAAAGGCGUUUGGCGUCCGCCAGUGAUGAUGGAACAGUGAAGAUAUGGGAGUUUGUUUGCCCCUGGCCUGCUGGCCGCAUAGAUCCAUAGUUGAUACUGGAAGUGUUGUUAUAGUAAUUUUGAGCCUGUUGAUGCCUCAAACUUCUGGAAAACUAUUUAUUUUCUCGAAUUCAAGAUCUCUUCUUAAGGGCAGAGGGACUCUAUCUAUC